UCUAAAAAUACUCGAAGGAAGCCUUAAAAUAUAAGUUUAUUAUUCAGUCUUCAACAGCAGAGUGAAUAAGAUUACAAUGGCAUACGCAUUGAAACCUGAUGAUUUUGCCUCAAGAAAAGUAAUAGUUAAGAAUCUUUCGCCUAUCACAAAGCAGGAAGACAUAAUCAUUCACUUUCAAAGAAGAGGCAAUGGAGGAGGAGAAGUCGACUCUGUUCACAUGUUGAACGAACGAGCCGCAGUUGUCACAUUCGAAGAAUCAACAGGUAAGUUUGAACUAUGGUUGUCUUCAUACUCUGCAUAAUGUAGUUCCGUGCUAUUACCAUUCACCUUCAAGUUUGUUUUCAGUUCGCGCGAUGCAGUGUUAACUUAGUUUAAAUUAAGCGGAUAUGUACCUUGCACAUAAAAUAAAUGGGAAGUAUAGUGUACUAGAGUGCAUUAUACAGUUCGUCAGCUGUUUCACAAACAUUUUUUUCAACAUACGUAGAUAUCGUUAUGCCUUUGCUAAGGAAAAAAAAGGAAAGAUAAAUAAACCUUUCUUCUACAAUACAAAUGCCUAGAUAAUUUUAAACGGACUCCGUUCCGGGUGACAAAGUUAAUAUCAAAAUCGGAGUGUUCUAGAAGAUCAGUGAAAUCAUGAAUUUCCAAAAGUAUAAGGUGUUCAAACCCACUUCUUUUUAUUUCCAUAGCAUUAAAAUACGGUCUUUUCUGUUCUGAUUUAAAUCGAAACUAAUCGGAUAUUGAGACUACGACAGUGCAGAACAGCCUGCGCGAACGACUAGUUUCCGAAAUAUUGCGGAAAGUGAAACUGAAAGUGGCUGUUUUUUUUCCAAAUGCCUUGUUUUCAUAUAUAAUGCAUACGUGGGGCCAUCACAGGGUGAAAAUUCCGAGCGGAGGUGCAGUAUUUCAUUGCCUUGUAUUUGUUCAACGGAUUUGUAGUUUACUUUGGGGGAAGACUUGGGACGCGAUCCAUUCAACCAAACCUUCCGGAAAUUUCAGUCCAAAACUCAAUGGAUCGGUUCGGUCCAACCGGAAAAGUUUCGAAAAAACGGGUCCACCUUUUGAGCGGGCGCUUUCCAUUCAACAAAAAUUCCGGUUUGAAAUUUCGGAAACUUCACGUGCUCAAUGGAACGGUACAUUCCGGUUGUACAGACCCGACCCAAGCCACCGCGCGUUUUGUUAUUGUGGCUUCACAGCACACUCAUAAUUACUGGGCUGCCUGUGCGGCCCAGUCAUAAAAUGGGCUUUCGGUCGUCGGUGUCAAAAAGUGACCUCCCGGGGGAGGGAAGACACGAGGGUCUGGUACCGAGAAACGAUGUUCUCACAAAUGGUUUCAUAUGAGUUUCUCUUGCGCGGAGCCUUGCACGGAUACUUUUUGUACCUUGUCUGCGCUCCCCCUGAAAAACCCACAAGGCGUUGCGAGCCUGAAGAAGGCUAUUUGCGUUGUUCGAAGGGUCGGCAUUAUAUUCUACCCACCAAAACCACAUCGAUCGAGAGGGACUGAGAUUGAAUUUUGGACACCUUGUGACAUGUUAUACCAACGAAAGAUGCCUACGAUGUUUUGAUGUAUUCGCCUCUCGGCGAUACGCCUUUCUUUUGCUUUGAGCUUUAUUAUAUUUGGGAGAUCGCUUUCUCGCCAAGAAAGGAUGAAUAUAACGAGUAUAACCGUAUUUCGGCAAAUAAUGUACAUGAAGUUUUAAAACAUGUUUCAGAUAUUUCAUGGGGCUACGUGAUACACAUCUAGCCCCAAACACUGAUGGUGGUUUUGGAUGAUGUUGAAGUCUACAUCCACCAAAACCACUCGACCCGUCCAGACCGCACAUAUGAGCCCUUACCUAUAACCAUUGUUAAAUCUCCAAAGAGGCAAGGGUUUUAAUUUUUUUAGGCGCAUAGUUACGCUUCUGCAAAGUACUGACGGACGUUUUAAGAGCAUACUCAUAGAGCAUAAUAGCGGAGCUCACGCGCGCGCGAAGCGCGCGCUUGCGGAGCACCAUGGGUAAGAAAAUUUGGUAAACUAUCCAUCCGAGAAAAUUUGGUUAUGACGUAGCGUACGCCCACCCGUACACACACUUCAUGUAAGCUGAAGUCAACUGUCACAUCUUGGAGAAAUUAACACUUAGUAAGCCAUCCGCAUGAGGAUGAAUUGGCAGCUGUGAAAAUCAGACAUCCGCUGACAGUAAUCACAUGACCAUCUCGCGGGCUCAGAUGAAAGAUAAGUCGUUUUCGCUACAUAUAAGCUGAUAUAAUAUGUCACACCAACAUAAAAAUGAAAAUGAAAUGAAACUUCGCUUUCACCAGGGCUGUCAGUUUAAGGUUAUACGCAGUAGCCAAAUUAAGGUCAAUUGACAGCUGUCAAAAUGGGACAUGUGAAGACCACUAUCAGAUCACUAACAACGUGGGCUCAAAUACACGACAUUUCGCCCCAUUAAUCCUCCAUUACAACCCAGACUAACACUCGCAGUCAACAGUACGUUUAUCUGAAAAUUCGCCAUUCUAAUGAAGUUCAAUUGACAGCUGUCAAACUACAGCAUCCGUUGGCCAUCAUCACCUGACCGUAUCGCGGGCUCAGGUAUCGGCCCACUUAGUUCGAGGUUUUUUGAAGUUACUACUUUUCAAAUGAUUGCAGGCUCAAGUUCAAUAUUUUUAACGCAUAGGAAAUAGGAAGUUGUGUUUAUGAGUCGCACUAUUAAACUUUUAAUUUCAAACUGACCUCGGACGCGAGAAUUCAGCCAGCUUUUACAAACAGGGAAUUUGCUUUUGACCUUUCUCACUAUGGUCACGCGUUGGUCACGCUCUACGUCCAAUUUUUAUGUUCUGAUUGGUCAAAAGUUGACAGGUGCGUUCAAGCGGAAAAUUUAUGCAGCAUCUUGAAACUUGUUUACUGGUAGCUGAAACUGACGGAGUUUUGUGUAUAAACGUUGUGAAGCUUUUAACUGUCUUUUUCUACUGGAUGCACAAAAUGAAAUACAGAUGCUAGCAAGAUUCUUAAGUUAUUCGUGGCUGGUUUGUUUAUUGGUUGAGAAAUGCGCCGCUUGUCAAAGUCAUCGGAAAUCCGACUUCGGAUGGAUGGCUUUUACUCACUUCCCCUUGCCUGAUGCGUAUUAUAAAGAGGGUGCGGAAAAGUCUCAAGCGAUUCUGAUGGCCUUCAGGAGCAUCUUGACUGGUAAGCCUGAGUUAUUAUUGUAUUUGAUGUGUUUUUUUUUCUGGUUUCCUAAAGUCGAGCGUAGUUUCUGCGCCUAGUUUAUGCACAAGAAAAAAAGUCUUAACAUUUUCUGGCCACAAAUACAAUGAAAACGUUGCGAAGAAUACAAUUUUUUUAGUCAUGCUUUUGGCUGUAAAGAGAAAGCUCUGGGUGAUAUUCUCGCCUCGCGGUUCAUCUUGAAGUAAACACCUGGAAGCCGGCUUAAAUCUGCAGGGUUUUUGAAGUUUAUGAACUUAUGCUCAUGAUUUUCAGAGACACUUACUCUCAAAACUUAUCGUCGUGAAUGAAAAUUGUUGUCUCUGUACAUGUUUCACCGAGUUAUAUUUAUUUUACUGAUUGUUAGUAGUCUCUUUCUCAAUUUAAUCGCUGCGCAGGUUUUCAGUCGAACAUAUAACAAAACAUCGCUCACAGGAGUACUCAAAAUGCUGCGCGCAAAUAUCACAUAAGAAAACCAUGAAUAAAGGGAAAUAAACCCUAAACAUAAUAAGUUCUCUAUCAUGUUGAAGCUUAAACGUUAUACAAAAGGCUCCGACAGCUCGGACUGCAAAUUUGGUGCUUGACAACAGUGAGAGCCCGUCCGGCUGGCCGUAUAGGUGAUUUUGGGAAUUUUUUGAUCGUUCUCACUAAAAGCCCAUUGUUAUAUUACCCUACAUAUCACAUAGGAGCAGAUUUUUCCGACUAAACAGUCCCGGUAUUAUGGAAAAUUCUCUUAAUGAAAACGUUGUCAAUUCUAUAAUUUUUUACUCAAAGAAAGCGCGUGCUUCGAUCGUCCUGGAUAUCGAAUGAGCGCAAUUUGUCUUGCAAAAUUGUGAAAAACUGCAGAAUUAUAGGUUUAAAUGGGGCAAGGAAAAACAAAUUCUGUUCGACGUCUGUAUGAUCAAAAACAGGCACACAGGCAUAGCACUGUUUUCCUCAUAUCGUAUACAUGUAUAAAAACACUGAUAAAAGGUAUUUUUAAAAGGCUGGUUUACACUGACCACCAGAUUUCCUAGGGUCUGGAAGGGUAUUCUCGGGACCCGGGAUAAGAGUAACAUACAGUGCGGGAUUCUGGAAAACGCAAAAUGCUUUGACGGGAUACGGGAUUUGACUGUUACACGGAAAGCGAGAUUCGCCAAAAUCUUGGAACGGGAGGCGGAUUUGGGAAAGGAAACCGUAUUCGGGGUAGAGAUGACAGAAGUUCGGGAUGCGGGAUUGUCGUGGAAAAGGAUCGGGAAUGCGGGAUCAGGGACCCCCCUUCCAGACUCUGAUUUGUCGCCAAGAUUUAUUUGUUAAGUAAACCUGUCGAACACAAAUCGUUUUCGAAACACAAAAAGACCGGCCUGAUUUAUUUUUUAUUUUGGCCUUCCUUUUAGACAGAGGAAUGCAACGUGUAAAUUGGCUGCAACCGAGGACUCUCUUGUGUUGCAUAAAAUUAUGUUUCGGGGAUAUCCAAUUAUCUCUAUAGUCUCUCCAACGGAGUGGUUGGAGAGACUGUGAAUUAACCUUAUCAAAUAAAGGCAGUGUAGGAAGGUGACUGGGUUUAACUUCUUUUGUUUGGGAAGAAUUUGUUUUCUAGGCCUAAUCUACUGUGAUCGAAGAAGAUUGCUAUUUUUUGGUGUACAUAUCAGACUAUUAACUCGAUGCAAAAUUUUUUUCACUCUUGGACUGUCAAAUUAUUCUUCUCUAAGGAAUCACUUUCCCUCAAAAGUUGCAUGAAUGUACCUUAAAGUUAACUGAUUAAUGUUUAUUGUUUUAUUUAAAUUAUUAAUUUAUUAACGUGAGCUUCGCUUUUAGCCCUGGCUAAAUCUAUAUAUUAAUUAUUGACACAAUGAAAAUUUUAAUCAUGGUUUUUAUAAGUUGUUAUUGUUUACAUAUACAAAAUAUUUUAUUUUUUUACUUUUAUCCCCGGAAACAAACAAGAAGAUCGUGGCGGGAAUUUUAAGUUACGAACCCGCGUUCGAUAGGAAAAUUGCUGAGAACUCAUGGCAGAGUUUGAAACGAGAUCGACGAGCAAGUUUUCCUGCUUUAAAGUGGACAAAGAUUUUGGGAACUUUCGUGUGUAUCUAAGGGCGCGAUCCAUUCAACCAAAAUUUCCGGAAAUUUCGGUCCAAAACUCAAAGGAUCGGUUCGGUCCAACCGGAAAAGUUUCGAAAAAACGGGUCCACCUUUUGAGAUGGACCACUUUUCCUGGUCGGACCAGUUGGAAUUUUGGUUGAAUGGAUCGCGCCCUUAGAAGGUUCAUCUAUUACUGCGCUUUUCACAAAGAUGCGAAUUCUGGAGUUCAAAAGCCAACUGACGAUUGCGUUUUUCGCUGCCGUCAGUCAUCUUAACGGACCUCUUAGAAAACAAAACUUUACUUUAACGGGUUCAAAAGGUCAAGGUUUGUGAUUUGUGAUUGGUGGAUUUCGAUCCGUUUUGUGUGUUUGUGUGUUUCAAUGUUCGUUGCUUGUGAUCGUAAUUAUGAAACGGCAGCGAAAAACGCAAUUGUGAAUGUACAUUCAGAAGUCAUACAAAUUUAGAAUUUUGGAAGUCACUCAUAAAUAAUUUUGGAAGUCAAUACAGUCGAUAAAAUCCAUGCCGGAAAGAAUUCUCUUCUUGCAGUGGGGGCGGGGGGGAUAUAAAACUCGCUGUAAUUUACACCUAGCUACCCUGGUUCCAGAGGUUGUUCUUGAUUUUUCUCCGCGUGAGAAAGAACGAGCACUUACCAGCGAGCUUCGCGAUUCGUUCUCUCCGCUUUGCUCGUUUCCAACAUCUUACUAACAUCUCAGUCAUUAUGCAUGAAACUGUACCCCGCCUUAUAUAUUUUCUGCACCCCCACAACUGUUAAAUAGACGCAGCCUUUCUCGAGCCUUUCUCUUUCUUUCAGCUCCCAGUACAGAAGUGUAGUACACUCUGGUGGUAUAGUAGAAUUUCGACUUCACUAACGCUAGAGUCCUGGUGGUUCAGUGGUUAGAACGUCCGAUCUAGCAUUCGAAUGUUCAGUUGUUCGUGCAUAUCAUCCGUACAUUUUCCGAGAAUCUUCGGUUACGACUUUUAAGUUAUUCAAAAUUCAAUCUCAGUCCCUCUCGAUCGAUGUGGUUUUGGUGGGUAGAAUAUAAUGCCGACCUGUUCGAAGCGAUUCGACCAUUGGAGUCACUCUAUAAUUUUUUUAUUGUUCGAGUUUAAGUCAGUUAGAUGAUGUUGGCGCUGGGAAACUCAGAGAAAUGGUCGCGUUGCAUUCAAACCGACACGCCGUUCACGGUAGGUUCACUCUAAAAGACUGAAAAGAUGACUGUGAGCGUCAGGUUUGGAACGCCGUGGCCACUUCACGAACUAUCGAUCGAUGCAGUACAUGAGCAAUUAAGAAGCACAAUUUAUGAGCAAAGUAUUUCACCAGUUGAUGACACUAUGGCUGAAGACUUGAUUGUAAGCCGUCAUAGUCGGUGAAGCGAACAACUCAGUUGCCGAUGAACGGCAGAUGAAAUCCUGAUGUGACGCACGUCCAUGAGCGAGGGACGUGACAACUUUGCCAUGUUAGAAGACUGGCUUUUGCUUUAAAUAUUUCUUUCUAUUUAAUGCAACACACACCACUUUGGAGGUCUAAAUUUCGGAUACUGAGGAUAAAGAAGACACGGACAAAAAUAGGAACUCUGAGAAUUUCGCACACAAGUUUAAAGCUUCUCCGGGACAUCCCAUCCGGGAGCUUCACAGAGAGCGACUUGAGGAAAACAGGAGCUAUUACUGACAAGGUUUGGUGACUGAGUAAGGCAUACAAGUGUAGCCCACGUCGAGGUUUCAGGGGGUUUGCUUUUGUUUGUAUCUGUAUCUUGCUAAGCUUUUACCAUUAAAUUUGUACAAGAUCUUGUUAUCACAACUCUGUGUUUUCGCCCAUUCAGCAAGCACGCUAUAUUGAUGUUAGUAUUAGCGAGUUUCAGAAACAUGCCUUUGAAAAUUUUCAGCUCUCGUGAUGUUUCUUGAUAUUUCAUUUACCAUUUUAUGGAGAUGUAAACUGAAGUCACCGCAAAAUGGAAACUUAAAAAAGCGUAUAAUCCAUGUAUCUCGAAACAUAACACACAUGACUUAUACGGCCUUUAUUUUUGUAAAGGUGUUUUGAAUACGAACGAACACAGUCAAUGUGAGGGGAAAAAACAGCAUUAAUAUAAAUGAACCAUAGGAUUUUAACUAAUAUAAGGGUCAGUUAUUGUGCAUUGAGAUGAAUCGCUUGAAAAGAGAGACUUCGCUUGAAGAUGUGAUCAGAAGUAAACAAAGGCAUAAUAGUGCGUCACGUUCAGUCUUUUUAAUAUCAAGGAGUCACACUGUGAAUAGUGUUUCCAUAUUGUUUAGCUGGCACAAAAACUUCGGACGAGUUAUAAAGCGGCAUAGUUAUCUUCCAUGAAGAAAAGUUAGUCUUGGGUGAGACAAACAGAACUGGAGCGAAUUUUUAACUCACAUCGGUAUCAGGUAAAAAAUAUGUUAUCGAUCGUUUCAUCUAUUUACAUUGUAUGAAGUGCGUGCUGGUGAACGCAACAUGCGAGCGAGAAAUCUUUAAACUUUUUUAGGUCUCAAAAUGCAAAGGAUUUUAUUCCUUUAAGUAAGAGAAAAAUACCAGGAGGAAAAUCUUAAAACUGAAUAUUUUUCAUCUUGUGGAAAAAAAAGUGCGUUUUCAUGUAUACUGUGGACCGCAAAUUAGGAUCGCACUUUUCACAAACAUGCGAAUUCUGAAGUUCAGAACCCAACCGACGAUUGCGUUUUUCGCUGCUGUCAAUCAUCUUAACGGACCUCUUAGGAAACAAAACUUUACUUCACGGGUUCAAAAGGUCAUGGUUUGUGAUUUGUGGAUUUCGAUCCGUUUUGUGUGUUUCUCUGUUUCAAGGUUCGUUACUUGUGAUCGUAAUUAUGAUUGACGGCAACGAUAAACACAAUUGUGAAGGUGGCUUUUGAACUUUGGAGUUCGCAUGUUUGUGAAAAGCGCAGUAAAGCCUCCGUGCAGUCAGUGAGGCCCCUGGAUCAGGCGGGAUCAAUGGGCGGUUAACUGUCUGUUUUAGUAUACUUCUUGUUUUCAUACAAUACAAUAUUUCUGUCUAGUGUAAAUCAGCUCAGUCUGUCGCAUCUUAUGCUCAUAGAAGGACAACAAUUUUUGGAAUUUCCGGUUACGUCAAAUUAGUCACGUUAUACUGUCACGCUAUAUUUUGGGGCACAGAGGGAUUGGGGGAGGGGUGCGUGGAAAUAAUGCAAAUUGUUUCCUGUUUAGAAUUAAUGGCUAACUUGUUUAUUUUUAUUCAUAAUGGUGGAAUUUAAAAGUUAUUAUACAGCCCCCACUUAAAAAUGGUACUCUUUUUUUUUGGUUACGAAAGUCUUUCAGAAGGGUACAAUGUUCUGAAUGAGUUUAUGUUUCAGUCUCACAUGAGAUUCUGUUGCAUGCAAUGGUUGCCGACAAGGUUUUAUGGUAACCUGAGUGUGUAUAGCCGCCCCCUCCCCUCAGAAAAAAUAGCCCCUUUGCAGCCCAGUUAAAAAACGCCUUUCGGCGAUUCUUGUUACGCUCUAAAACAGAAAAGUAAAUACUGUUUAUAUCCUAAAGAACACUCGACUGUCGUAAAGGGGCGGUGGAAAACUAAAGGCUGAGGAAUCCUAUUUCGUGUAGAAAGCCUAUGAAUGCAAGUGAAGGUAAAAAAUUCUUGUGAAUUGAAGCGAUACGUUUCUCAGAAUAUUCGAACGAUUCGAAGCAAUUCCUGGAACUGUACGGUAAAUAAAUUCGGUGCUUUGGCCAAUUUGUAAUCAGCCAGGCUUUGUUGUAUUCAUUUCAGUUUAAUUGAUAAAUUGCUUUAGUUAAAUAUCGUCGACAGGUUUCAGACAAAUAAUACGCUGAUUCUCACGGACUUUUAUACAAUUGUAGCUUGAUUACACACACUUUUUUUCACCUACGUGUCGUGUUGUGUCAGUUAUUUGACACUGUUAAUGGCAAAUAAAAUAAAAUCGAAAAAAAUUGCAACUGAUUCAAACUAUUUGAGAUGUCAUGCUUUACUCACAGCACUUCACUUUCCACUGGAAAAUACUUGUAAUUCGAGUUAUCCGAGUUCGAGAAAUCGAGUAUCUACUGUACUUCUGGAGCCGAGUCUUACAAUGGAAUAACAAGCUAUCGUGGUAAGCACGGUUAGUUUCUGUUCCAGUCCCCCAGACAACUUGAUGGGUUCCAUGAGUAGAACCGACCGCCACAGUUUUUCGGUACCACGUUAUUUAACAAUUAUUCCUCGAGCCCGAAUGGGCUCUGAGUCGAUAGCCCAUGCUAGUUAAAGCUAGACUUUAACCCCUUUUUGCCGCCAAAAAGCCCGCGCUUUUCGCUACUAGUGGGCUAUAACAUAUAGCCUAGUAGUUGCUCAACCAAUCAGAACGCAGGGUUAGGGUUAGGGGUUAGGGUUAGGGUUAGACCACUUAUAAUAGACCACUAGUUGGAUUUUACUAAAUAUGCUUAGUGGAUAAGCGCAUCAGCUUGGUGGGCACAUAUCAAGUACAGUAGAAACAAUAACAAGAUACAUGGUUAAAACAAAAUAGUGAUCACUUCAGCUAUAAAUUCGCUGAAGACAGUGCACUCUACACAGUGUAGCUUUUAACUUGGGGUUGUAUUUACAUCUCUGUUCAAUCUGUUUAAUAGCCCUAACCACGUUUAUUCCUUUCUCAACAGUUGCCGAGUCCGUUUUAAAGAGGCAGCAUGAGAUACACGGCUCCCUGGUUACCGUUGAGUUGUAUAGACCACUGCCAGAUCAGGUAAUCGAAAUCAAUCCUGAACUUCACGAAAUAACUUUUAUUUCUGUAGACGUGUCUAGCUACGGUCGAUUUUUACCGGCUCUUUUUUAAAGAUUAUUUGCCAUAGACAGCGCUAGACCAACACUAGAGUGACCUUGGCCAGUUUAGCCAUACCUGUUUGCUUCUCAGCCCUAAUUACGUUUGUCCAAUUUCAUAGGUUUUUGGUAGAGUGUCUGGUCGCAUUGAUCCUAACACCCUAAAUGCAAGUAAUCACUCAAUGAAAACCAUUCUUCAACAAAUUCAGGACGAAACAAAGGUCGAGUGGAAAGAAAUAUUUGAUGGAUUCGUCGUCUCUGGUACCUUCGAUCAACUUAAAGCUGUCAACAAGUUGGUGAAGAACAAACUGACAGAAAAGAAGCAUGGAAAGAACAUUUUUUCUCCAAGCCUUUCUGGACAUGUCAGUAGGUGUGACAAGGCUUCACCUGCUCCACCAGUUAUGACACCUUCGACAGAAACGUUUCGAAAAACGAGAGACCAGAGUUACGAAACGACCAGCACAAGCUCAAGUCAAGUAGACAACCAGUCAUCUGCCAACGAGCUGAUGGCAGAGACUCAAGUAAUUGACCCCUGUGUACAAAGCAGUCAACUCUCUUUGAAUCCGGACGAUCUUCUCCAAUCCGUGCUGGAAACGUAUCAUAGCAAUGAACCUCAAACAUUCAAGAAAGUGAAAACUGAUGCCAGUGAUAAAUACAGUACAUUAAAUGGUAUCCCAACUUUUGAGACUGUGACAGAUUCCGG